AUGAACUUGCAGCAGCUACCACGACGGUUAUGUUUAGUGAAUUCUUUAGCCUCAGAUCUCAAUAAAUCCCUUAAUUUGAUCCAAUUUAGGAGCGUGCAAAAUCAGGUAAACAGUGAACUGCAUAUCCACAAUGUCCCUCCUCCCAAUAGAAGCCAUGAUUUGAUUGGUCCUCCUGACAAAAAGUCUAACCUCCGUCCAGUUGUUUUCCAUGUGCCACAUAAAGAAACACCCCUACAGCGCCGCUACAGGCUGCUUAGAAAAGAAACACAUGACUGGAACCAAGGUUUCUGGGCCAAUCAUAAUGAAAAAUUCUUCAAGGAAAAAGAAGAGUUUGUGAAGAGGAAAUUACAAGAAAAACGUGGAGAAUUAGACAGCCCUGAGUCUAAGUUAUCAGCUGAGGAACUCUCUGAAUUCUACAAAGACUUCCUGGACAAAAAUUUUGUACUUCAUGCUAGCUAUAACAGAGAAUGGUACAAAAGAAAUCUUAGACUGCUACUUCCAGCCUUUCAAGUUUUCUCAGAAAAAAUAUACAAUAAAGUUUUCAAAAGGUGAA